GAUGACCUAGUUCCCUCGCCUAUUAAAAAUAGCGUUCUACAAUAGCUCAAACACUAUUUUUAGUGCGUAUCAGUAGAAAUCAGUGUCCACAGCCUUAUCGCUUCCUACCUCGCAGUAAAUCCGCGAGUCUUCCGAACAAUGGACUGAAAAAUAUCAGUCAUAUUCCAAAGGACUCGGUCCGCGCAACGCACGAAAACCUAGUCAUAUACCUACGACGGCAAAUCGAUACGGUCUCUGAGACAGUACACGUUGGUGUUCCGCGAGGAUUAGUGCCCGUUUAGUUGACACUAGUUAUUUUUUUAGUGUAGUAAACAAGGGAACAUGUUAUAAGUUAAAGUUGUUUGUUAAACUGUUGGUUAAACAUGGAGGUGAAGCGUUACAUACGGAGCGAGUCGGCCAGCUGUGCUCACAUGGUUGAAGAGAACACGGCGAACAAUAGAAAGAGUGCUGAUCCUCAUGAGAAGUUGAAAGCGCUCCUCAAUUCUCCAGAAGAGGACACGGAUGACACCCUCCCACCAUCAGACGCCCCGAAAUUCGGAACAGUCAUUCACAAUAGGAUUUUUGUUGGAGGGUUCUCUUUGACUACUACGGAUGAAGACCUAUGGAAGUUUUUCUCAGGGUUUGCAACCGUUACAGCUGCUAGAGUGAUUUAUGAUAGGGCAGGGGUCUCCAAAUGCUAUGGAUUCGUAACUUUUGCCAGCCCUCGUGUCGCGAGACUGAUCGUAAAACAGAGUGGAGGAGUUAUGUUUUCACCUCUGGGUCGUCUUCGAGUGGCGCAAGCGGUCAGAAAGCAGAUAAGCCAAAUCCCAGUGCUGUCUUCGGAGGCAGCUCCUCUUCAGGCCCCGCUAUGCUACCAGCUCAUCUGCCCGCCCCUCGCGCCGCCGAUGACGUGUGCGCCCUGCGAGAUACCACCACCACCUUACGCUGUUUACCCUCUACCAUUUGACACGACGCCAGCAAUCUACGCUCCGCCAACCCAGUACGCGCUGCUCCCAGCUCCCUACAGCACGGCAUGCUGCGAGCCAGCAUGCUGCGCGCCGCUCGACAAGCAACCCCGUGUACCAGCACCGCCGCUACACCCUGCCUUCAUUUAUUAGCUCUUACUUUCAGGCAGAUUUACAUGGAGACAGUAAGCUCUGAUAUGCCCGUAGUUAAGCGUUAAGGCUUAUUCCCACGGUACAAUGUACAAACGGUUUUUUUUAAUCUAAUGUUUAUUCCGAACAAAAGUCAUGUUUUACCAGAUUUUGCAUCUCACCAAUGAUGAUAAUAUUCGAGCGUCAAAUGCCUUUAGCGUUAGAGUAAAAUUAACCUUUACCGCCUUGGUUUAAAGCUUAAGUUCGUCUACACAUCUACGGUUCAUAGGUAGCGCUCAAAGCGGAAACGAUGGGAUUUUUUGUAAUGAAAUCUUUAUUUUCUCUUUACACUGCCUUAAAAGUAUUUAUGUUUCAAGGCUCUACAUGAUGCUGCCGUGGGAAUGAGAUAUUAGGGUAACGCCAGAGUAAGAGCACGUUCCCACUAUGUCGCAACCGUAAAUUGAUUGUUGGACGACUGUCGUUGCUAGGUGUUCCCAUUAUCACGAAAUUCUGUCGUCAUAGUCGUCGUCAUGCCGUCCUAUAUGUCAAAUAUAAUGCCAUGACGCUUUAAACUGCACGACUAUUUGUCGUCACGACAGAGUGAGAACGUGCCCUUAGGUGCAUUCUCCGAGGCGUACUUACCUACAGCGUGCGGGCAAACCAGCAGUAACUGGCUCAAUGUAAAUCUAGCCUUAAACUAAAAGAGGAGUUGACGAACAAAACGGUAUAAUUGCACGAUACAAAAUUUAACACUAGGAACAAAAACUGAAUGAAAGCUGUUGAAACUGUAAGUAUACCCAUUUUGAUCGAAAUCAUGAACUUUGACUCAAUUUAAGUACAGUUUUAGGCCAUUUUGGUUGGAAAUGAGUUUGAAUUUGUACUCAGUGGGCCAAAUUUGUAUUCAGUGAUCAGAAGUGUAAUUACUUACACCGUUUUGCUCACCAGCUCCUCAAAACAUAUAGUUCUACUUCAGUUAGAUUAAGAUCUUUAGUUUAGUCACUAUCGUACGUGAUUUCUAAUUUAAAUUGUAAAUCUUAAGUGUAUAUUAAUUUAAGAUUUCCUUAAGCAACGAUAUAAAAUUAUUGUUACUAUUAAAUAUUAUUGAUAAUAAAAUUCAGUAAACAAUUUUUUUUAAUAAAAUUUUCACUUUCAUCAAAACCAUUACAAUAAAUUAGGGAGUCCUACUUCAAUUAAUUUCUCAAACUAAUAGAGUUCUUGCAUUGCACGAGUGCCUUUGAGCCACGCGCUCUUAACUUGCACUUGUUUAAUUCAUAUCGGUAUAAGUAAAGCAGAAUUUACAUUACGAAAUUAGUGGCACGAAAUUAGUUUCACGACAUUAAUUUCAUUAUCAAUUGCACGUGUAAACGUCUAAUUUCGUAAUGCAUGCAUUACAAAAUAAGACGUUUACACGUGCAAUUUAUAAUGAAAUUAAGAUCGUGAAACUAAUUUCGUAAUGUAAAUACCGCUUAAAGUAAAUUAAAUGUGUGCGUUUGGGAGUGCUUGCUCGCCACUGUUGGGUCCAACAAGCGCACACACCAAAUGUGCUUGUAUAUGCCAUAACCACACAUAAGGUAGCGCGCUUGUGGAUUGUAAGAACUAUAUCAGAUUAUAUCUUUGAUAUUUGUAAGAUCUGUAUAGUUGCAACUUUAAGCUGCUUUUUAGAUAUGUUUUUUUGCAAGACCAUUCCUUUUGCUCGUGUCUUCCAAUUUUUAUUGUGCUCAAACUAAUUUCUGUAAAGAAACUAUUUUCGCAAUUGCUUCACUUACAUAGGGAAAGUUUCUCGCUUCGUUUUACAAUAAAACCAAUAAUGUACUUAAUGUAUUGAAUAUACAGCUCACAUUAUUACAGUUGCUGAAUCCAGUAAGAUUAAGGUUUAUUUAUUUGUUGUGAAACACAGUAUGCAUUUAAUUUCUUUCCAGCGUUAAACUUGAACAGAUAAUGUCAUCUGAUAAUGUAAUUAUUUCAUUUUAGACCAUUGAUUUGCAAGCAUAAGUUGUCAAGUUGUCAGUACAAUUGCACUAGUAUUGUAAGUUAACUGAAUUGAACCUUUUAUUAUCGGACUGGAUUUUCGAUCACUGAUCCCUGUACAAUUUUGCAGCAGCGAUUUAUACAGAAUUGAAUUAGAUCACUUAACAUGAGGUCUACUGUAAUAAUGUGAACUGGUCAAAAUAUAGGAGUUCAAGUCACAGGCGA